AAGUGCAAUUAAGGCUAACUUCUGCGCAUUUCAAUUCCAUCUUUCUCACAUAAUUUUAACUUUCAUUUUGUUUUCAUGUCUUCAUCUUUUCAGCAUUCCCUUCAACAAAGCCAGUUCUUCCCAUUUAAAGCAAUAUGAAUUUAUGGUAACUUUUGGAUAAACAAACAUAACUUCGUAGUUUCCAAGAAGCAACUUCUGUUUUUGUCAUUGCGUGUUUUUGUUAAUUUUUUAUUUAUUAAUUCUAGUCUAGUGAUAUUUAUAGUUGAGUAGAUCAACAAUAUCUAGACGGAGAAAACAAAGUUACUACAACUAUUUUUUUCCUUCUUAUGAUUUGGAGUAUAUAUGCUGCUUAGAUAUUCAUCAAAUAAAUAGACAUUAUUUUUAUAUACAUCCUUUGUUCUGUUUGAAUUAAGUUCAGAGUGGGAGAAGUUUAGUUUGUUCAUUUUUUGGGUCCAAAAAGAUAAGAUUUUGAUUAAAGGAUUACUACAAUUUAGUAUAGUUGGGUUACAUUUUCAUAAACAACAAAAAAAAUAAUUGGAAAUUUCAAGCUUGUAUUAAUUAUUGGGUAGCAUUAUGGGUGUGAUUAGUAAUGCAGAUUCAAAUGGAUCUGUUCAGAAUUGCAAUAAUGGUUUAGAGGAGAAGCUCGACGAACUUCGCAGGCUUCUCGGUAAGUCUAAUGGCGAUCCUUUGAGGAUUGUUAGUGUUGGAGCUGGAGCUUGGGGGAGUGUUUUUACAGCCUUGUUACAAGACACUUAUGGUCAAUUUCGCGACAAAGUACAGAUCAGGAUAUGGAGAAGGCCAUUAAGGACAGUUGAUAGAGCCACUGCUGAGCAUCUGUUUGAAGUUAUUAACUCUAGGGAGGACGUGUUGAGGAGGUUGAUUCGGCGUUGCGCGUAUUUGAAAUAUGUUGAGGCAAGGCUUGGUGAUAGGACUCUAUUUGCUGAUGAGAUUUUGAAAGAUGGGUUUUGUUUGAAUAUGAUUGAUACACCAAUUUGUCCUUUGAAGGUUGUUACAAAUUUGCAGGAAGCUGUUUGGGAUGCUGAUAUUGUUGUUAAUGGAUUGCCUUCGACCGAAACACGCGAGAUUUUUGAAGAGAUUAGUAAAUAUUGGAAGGAAAGAAUUACAGUUCCUGUGAUAAUUUCUUUAGCUAAGGGUAUAGAGGCUGCAUUGGAGCCUGUUCCUCAUAUUAUAACUCCCACAAAAAUGAUUAACCAAGCAACUGGAGUUCCAAUGGAGAACAUACUUUAUCUUGGUGGUCCAAAUAUUGCAUCAGAAAUCUACAACAAGGAGUACGCCAAUGCUCGAAUCUGCGGUGCUGAGAAAUGGAGGAAGCCUAUUGCAAAGUUUCUGAGACAACCACAUUUUAUUGUCUGGGACAACGGUGACCUUGUCACCCAUGAGGUCAUGGGUGGUUUGAAAAAUGUUUAUGCAAUUGGUGCUGGAAUGGUAGCAGCCCUUACCAAUGAGAGUGCUACAAGCAAAUCUGUGUAUUUUGCACACUGUACAUCUGAGAUGAUAUUUAUUACUCACUUAUUGGCUGAAGAACCCGAGAAACUUGCCGGACCGUUAUUAGCCGAUACUUAUGUGACUUUGUUGAAAGGUCGUAAUGCAUGGUAUGGACAGAUGCUAGCUAAGGGUGAAUUAAGCCCUGACAUGGGUGACAGCAUUAGAGGCAAAGGAAUGAUUCAGGGUGUGUCAGCAGUGGAAGCAUUCUUUGAACUUUUGAGCCAAUCAAGCCUUAAUGUGUUGCACCCUGAAGUGAACAAGCCAGUUGCUCCUGUUGAGCUCUGCCCAAUCUUGAAGACACUAUAUAAAAUAUUAAUAUCGAGGGAACAAUCAUCACAAGCUAUUCUCCAAGCUCUGAGGGAUGAAAAUCUGAACGAUCCCCGUGAACGUAUUGAGAUUGCACAAAGCCAUGCUUUCUACAGGCCUUCACUUCUUGGACAACCUUGAUUAAAUAUAAGGUGUAUUUUGGCAAGAGUUUUUGUUUAGGGAGAUUCUUCGGAAACAUUUUUUGUCGGUAUUAAGUAUUAUUAUAUAGGCCAAUUUUAAGAUGCACAAGUGAAGUAACUCUUAUAUCAUGCUCAAAAGUUUAUUUCUACCAUUAGAUUAAUAAAUUUUAUCUUUUGGAUCAAAUGAGAUAUGAUGAGACUUAUUGAUCGAAUGAUAAAAAAUAAAUAUGUGCAUGAUGCAAAACUAUCUUAAGUGUAUACGUUAGACAAAUCUUAUUUUAUAAAGUUUUGGUUACAGGUAUAUACAAAA